ACGAAGAGCAGAGCAGAGCAGAGCAGAGCUCGGAUUGAGUGACAAAUUGACUGGGUCCGGCGAUCAAACCAGCGAGCAUGGCUGUUGCUGUCCUUCCUGCCCCGCCGUCCCUGAUGAUAAAAAAUCUCCGUCCUCCGUCCCUCCCGUCCCUCCCGUCCCUCCGUCCCUCCCGCCCCAUGACGUGACGAGAGUCCCGUCCCGUGACCGUCCCGUGACCCCGCGCCAGGGCCAGGACGCACAGCACCCACUCUCCCACACACACACCACCGUGCUCCUCACGCGCACUCUCUGCCGCUGCGAUUGGCAAUCCGCAGCGCUGCGCUGUGUUUCCCCCGUGUUGCGCGUUGCGCUCUGCUGCGCUGCGCCCCUCACCCGCGCUAACUUGGCCAGCCGUCCAUACGACGACUUCUCUCGGAGAGUUGGGAGGAGCAGAGGGACCAAUGCUGCUUCAGACUCUGGAGAGCCAAUCCGCCGUUUUCGCACGACGCUGUUCGUCCUGGUGCUUAGCUUACUCAACCGAGGCUGUCGAGAAGCUUGUUUGAACAGAGGAAACGAGACAACUUUAUGGGGCACACGGCCGUGCUUUUUGAAACCCCCGCUCGCGGCGCGUACUUGCUAGUACUAGUACAUUUAUUUCUCUCAAAGUGCGACCCGCGUAUUCCUCGAAUCAACUCUCCGCGCGCUGCCGCUGCUAGCCACCUUCCCAACACCGCGCCGGGAUUAAGCCUUAACAUUUCUAACAGCGCCACGCCGAGCUAGCAAGAACUCGAGCGAGUGCACCGGAGUCUCUUUUCGCGCGUGAAAAUGGGAACCCUUUCGCCUAGCCUCGCUGCGGAAACCGGCCUUCAGGGCGACUCGUCUGGACUUGACUUGCCGCCGUUCGCCGAUGCGAGCGAACUGACUCCGAGUCGCACACCAACUGCACCGGCGACUAGCCGUGAAUUUGCCAGCGGCGUCGCCGGUCCUGCCGGCGCUCGUGACAAGUCAUGCGACGAAUUCGAUCGCCGUUCGUCGCUCGCCGUUCUUGCGACGACUACUACUAUCCGCGAGGCAGCCGCGCAUGGUGCUGAAGUGCCGCACUCCGAGUGCGCGUGCGCGGUGGGUCGCAAUCAUGGAGCCGAUGCUUCCACGCUCGGCGCGCUGCGAGCUGCUACCACCAAGAAGCUCGAACCGGCCGAUUUUAUGGGUUCUACUCCUGCCACUGCCGCGCGCGUCGCAGACUCCCUUUCCGGAAACAAGCGACGACACGCAUCCGCGUUUGAAGGCAGUUCAACCGCGGAACACGAGAAGUCGCCGGAGAGUAUGGUGGGAUGUGGGAAAUUUGCAAAUCCACGUCAGCAGCCAUGCAGCGCGCUCACAACCGUUCAUGACGAUUCCUCCCCAUCACAAGCAGAUCUCGCAGAUUCUCAUCCGGCCAAUCUCGCAGCAUUCUCCCUACAAGCAGAACCAGCUACCCGCUUGAAUUUUUCAAGCAAAUUUACUACACCGCUUUCAGAUCCCAUCACAUCCGUCUUCAUGCUAGAAAAUUCGGCUGGAUUCUCUACACCCUGCGGAGAGAUGUACCGGAUCCCUGUUCUGGAGCAGUGUCCGGGCGCACCUCGAAAGGUUCCAUACCGCAAGUUCAUUUCACGACUCAGCUGCGAUCGCUGCACAUUUUGCAGCAACAACAGCAUUGCACAUCCAAGUUGGUGUGAUCGUGUGGAGAUUGAUAGUGGAAGGGCAGUGCUGCAGUGUGUCGGAGCUCGGGAUUCAGAUACUGCAGCUUGCUCUAGACCAGAAAAUGACUCGAUUAUCCAGCCAUUGCCUCUAGCCGCAAUCACUUCUGUACUUACUUCAACAGUGGCUCCCACUGCAAUGUUUUAUCACUCAGCCGGACAGACUGUAGAUGCUGCAGGCAAUGCUGCUGCUGCUUCUACUGGCGCUUCUUCUACAGAUGCUCCUGCACCAAGUAGUAGUGCCGUCAGAGUCACGCAUAUGGGGCGGUUGUCUAGAAACCUCAGAAGGCUUUUUCGUCCUUUAGACUUCAGCUCUACUAGGGUGUUGUGCUGAUGCGACUUCUCAAUGUGCUUUGUUUACAGUUGGUG